AUGAUUAUAAAAUACAACGAACUUAGAGUUUCUAUCACUCCAAAAACCUAGACCAGUCUUAACAGUCCUGUCAGAAAGUAAUGAGAGUUUCCUAUGAUAGUACAUAACCAAUUUUUAUAACGUCUCCAAAAAAACAAUUGUCUAGCAUUAAGGAAAUCACUAAUAAGUAAUAGGAAUUAAAUAAGCUUCUCAAUUAGAAUGUUGAUAUUUAAACUUAAUCUGCUAAUACUUCAAUGCAUUCAUUUGAUUGUAUGACGGCUCAAUCUAAAUUUAGAAGAAAAUAAAUACAAGCUGAUUAUAGUUCAAAAUUAAUUUCCUUAGACGAUGAAAUUGUAGAAGUCUAUAAUGAAUUUGAGAAGAAUUACAAAUAAAUAAAUGAUUUAGAUAAAUUAUAAUAAACUCAAUAAACUAGUAAUCGAUUUAUUGAUGUGAGUAGAAAAAGCAUCAGUAAUUUAAUUUAAACACAUGAUGGUCUAAUUUAAUCAGAUCUAAAGUUUGGAAAUAUGAACAGAAUAAGAAUUAAUAGAUUCAAAUUUUAUUAUUUUCGUAUUAAACUUAGAGGCAAAGUUUCCCCUAUUUAAGUAUUCUUUAAUAUUCCUGAAAGAGUAUAGAGUUCAGCUUUAAAAAUGUUUUUAUCAACUAAAGCAGAAUUUCCAACUAAAUUUAAUGCAGAAUACAUUCUUCACUCUCGAUUUGCUAAAAUCUUUUCUGAAAGAAACUAACAUUAUUUUACUGAAGAAUAUCUUUUUAUUACAAUUUAUUCAGAAGUUGAUUUUGAAUUCUCCAUAACAUUCUAGUUUGGAAAUUACUAAAUUACAAAAUCACCUCCCAAAUAAAUAAUAGAAACUUUAGAUUAAAUUUAACCAAAUAGUUCUCCUACUUAAAAGAAUUUGCCUAAUGAUAAAAUUUUAUAAAAUCUUUCUUUAACUCAAUAUCAUGGAAGUUAAAAGUUAAAUAAAAUAUUAUCAGUUUAGUCAGAAAGAACUCAUAAAUAAAAAAUGGCUAAAUCUUUAAGAUAAUCAAUGUUAGAAGAUAAAUAAAUAGAAAAGAAAUCUAAAUUACUUGUUAAAGAUUAAAUUCUUCAUUUUAGAGAAGUAGAAAGAUAGAUCAAAUAAAAAAAAAUGUAAAUGUAAUUUGCUUAAUAAAACUGGUUUCAAAUUUUUAGUUUACUUCUCAUUACUGAAUAUGUUUCUAAUUCCUUGUAAGAAUAAAAAAGAAAAUAAAAAAUUGCAGCCAAAGGAAAACUAUUAGUAUGGGCUAUGAAAACUAAAGCUUUAUUAGAUGUCAAAGAAUAUGGAGAUAGUGCAAAAGAAAGAACAAUUUUUAAGACUAGAUGUGUAAUAUAAAGUUUUGCUAGUAUGAUUAGGGAGAAAUCAAAAAUCAAAGCAAAAUUUGUUAUUACUAAAUUUAUGGGACGCAUUCUUUUAUUUCUAACUAUUCUUAAUAAACAUUAAAGUACUCUUAAUAAAGGUAAUUAUUAUUUUUAUUAAUAGUUAUUUUUAUUUAAAGAAAAUUUCGUUUACUAAAAGCUAAGAAGAGACGAUUUAGAGACAGAUUUUGGAAAUUAAUAAAAGAAAAUGUAGCAGAUAUUAUAUAUGAUCUAAGAAGAUAAAAAGAAACUUAAUUUUUCUUUGAUAAAUAACACGUAAAUAUUGAUAUGUAUAUGAUAAUGAAAUAUUUAGACCUAUAAUGAAUAUAGUCAUAGAUGAAUAUUGUAAAAAACAAAGGAUUUUAUGGAUGGCAUAUGUUCAACACACAUUUUUAGAAAAAGAUUAAAAGAGAGUAAAAAAAUAAAUCUAUUUAUUAUAUAGAAAAUCCAUGAAUAUGCCAAAAACUUAAAGGAGCCAAAGAUAUACGAUUUGCCAAAUAGAAACGAGUUAAUUCCACUUAUAGAGUAAUAUGCAAAAUUGAAAAAAAUACUAUGACUAUAAAUAAUUUAUUU